AUGUCUGGGCGGUUGGAUCCAGCACUUUGCUCCACCGCUGCACUGGAUGCCGAACCCCGUAAAGGCACUUGCAAACGGCCAGAUAAUGAGUCUCUUGCCGGGGCAAUUGAACCAAAUUGCCAGCGGCGACAUCAUGGGGCUCUUUUGAACCAAAUUGCCAGCGGCGACAUCAUGGGGCUCAUGCCUGGGCCAAUGCAACUUCUUGGAGGUGGCCAAACGAAUUCCAUCCAGAAUAUGCUUACGUUGGGCAACGCGCUCAUGAAGUGUUCAGACUCACAGCAACAGGACUUGGUCCAGUGCCUCGGCUUCCAGAUUGUUGGGAGCGUCCCUCCCCUGAACUUCUUGAACCGCCUGGGCGACAUCUUCGGAGAGUUCAUCGCCGCCUUCGCAAAGGUCGCCUCCACAGUGGCGGCUCAAGCGAUGAAGGGAGGGGAAUCGUUGCUGCAGACCGCUGCCACCACGGAGUUCCCCUCUGCCGGCGCUCAGGCGAUGGUGCAUCACAGAGGACCCAACCUCGUCAUUACGAAGCACUCGCAGCAGCUGCCAACGAGACAGCAAGCGUUGUUGCAGGAGAUGGCCAACCUGGAGGAUUCCGAGGAUCCACCGGCUGCAGUCAAGUGGAGUUUCGAAGAUUACGGCCCCGAGACCCACGCGCUGGUCACCCAGUUUAACGGCAGGGAGACGGCGACCGGAUCCUGCUUGGCGUUCGCACCCAGGAACAAGACCGGCAGCAACAACCAGGCGACUCAGGAGGACUGGCAAGCAGAGACCAAGGACGACUUUAUCAAACUGGAGCCCUGGGCAGUGCCUUGUGGCAACCAGUGGAUGAAGGACCAUUGGGACAAGUGGCAGGGGUAUUCCUUUUACUCGGUGGACUUUUCAAUUGAGAAAUGCUUGACGGUGACUUUCCAGUUGAACAUGCAGCCUGUGGUCGCCUUCGUGGGUGGCAUCCAGUUCGACUUGCUGCCCGGGCCGUUGGCCGAGAUCGACACACAAGUCUGCUGGCCGCGGCACCAGCCGGGUGGGCUGGACCUGAGCGUGUUGCGGUCCGUCAUCAAGUCGAACGGCGUGAUGCUCUUCAGCCGGACACUUCGUCUGUCCAAGAG